UUUCUAGAACCAGCACCCAGAGAAACUCCUAACAUUUCACGAUCAUCCAUUUUCUCUCUCUUCCUCAAACCCCCGUUCUUCUCGACUUCUCCAAUGGUGUCUCUUCACUCCAUGGUUGUAGCUCCUCCAUUAGAACCCUACACCACUCCCAAAGAUCCAUUCAAAAUUUCAUCUUCCAUACUUUCUCCAACUUUCAUCUCGUCCAUCAAUUUCAAAGCUCCCAAUAUCUCUCUCUUCUCCAGUUCCAGAGGAAUCGCUCAUUCCGUUAAAAUUAAGGCUCAAGGAUCUGAAUUCAGUGUUGACAGUGUAGCUGUGGACGCCUUUACUCAUUUCAAACAUCUGCUUCUGCCUAUUACUGAUCGAAAUCCGUAUCUCUCAGAGGGAACAAGACAGGCUGCUGCGACUACUGCUGCUUUGGCAAAGAAGUAUGGAGCAGAUAUAACAGUUGUAGUUAUUGACGACAAGCCAAAAGAGUCGCAUCCUGAGCAUGAGACACAACUGGCGAGCAUUCGCUGGCAUUUGUCUGAAGGUGGGUUUCAGGAAUUUAGGUUGCUAGAGAAACUUGGGGAAGGAAGUAAGCCUACUGCCAUAAUUGGUGAGGUUGCUGAUGAUAUGAGUUUAGAUUUGGUUGUUUUAAGCAUGGAAGCAAUACAUUCCAAGAAUGUUGAUGCAAAUCUCCUGGCAGAGUUUAUCCCCUGCCCCGUGUUACUUUUGCCCUUGUAAGAAUGACUGAAUUUGACGACUCUGACCCCUCUUGAAGUGCCUGUUGAUCUUAUUGAAUCAGUUUGAUCAGUCUGCUGUUUUCUUCUUCUUCUUCUGGUUUGGCCUUUUCUUAUGGAAUCCCGGCGAAUUAAGAAUAUUGAGUUGGGAGUUUGUUGUUGUACAGAAAGUUGUGCUCUUCUCAAGUGUUUUUGCAAGUUGAUUAGUCUAGUGAUUAUUGUUUUUGUCUACGUUUAAUUGUCUCUCUUAUUACAUUGAACACGGGAGAUCCUUUUGAACAACCCAUUAUAAUAGGAAAUUCUUAUAUAUUGAAAUUAA